AGUGGAAACGUGUACACAAUUGUCUACGUUUUGCGAGUUGGUAUUUAUUUAUUCAUUUAACGUUAGGUUCAUGCGUUAAUAGGGAAACUUCAACCUUGACAUAAAGAUGACGAAUUCACGGAAUUUUUGGUGUUGUUUAGUAGUUAUGGUUUUAGCUGUUAAUGAUGUGUCACACUGUUUAUACCUCCCUGGACUUGCACCAGUGAACUACUGUGAAGAUCCGACCGCAGCAUCGCCCUCAGGCACAUGCCAGAAAUUUGUCAAACUCUUUGUGAAUCGACUCGACUCUGAAGAAUCAAUCAUCCCUUAUGAGUACAAUCACUUUGACUUCUGCACAAACAUGGAGGAGGUGCCAUCACCUGUGGAAAACCUUGGUCAGGUGGUGUUUGGGGAGAGAAUCAGGCCCUCACCAUACAAUAUUACGUUUGAAGAGAAUCAGCAUCGCAAUACGUGUAUCAGCCUCUGUUCAAAAUCCUAUAAAAAGGGCAACCAUGAUGACAUGAAGAAGCUAAAGUUUCUGAUGAAAGGGAUCUUCCUCAACUACCAGCACCACUGGAUCGUGGACAACAUGCCGGUCACGUGGUGCUAUGAGGUGGAAAGCAAUCAGCAAUACUGCUCCACAGGUUUCCCGAUCGGCUGCUUCGUCGACCAGGGAGGCAUACCGAAAGACGCCUGCGUCAUCAGUCGCACCUACAACGCGAAGAACACUCACUACGUCUUCAAUCACGUUGACCUGAUCAUCGCCUACCAUCCACCGACCUCAUCCGAGGACUGGGGAGAGGCGCUGGGGAUCGGCAACGGCGGACGAAUCGUCUCCAUCAAGGUCAUUCCGAAGAGUGUGAAGCACACGACUGCGGGCAAGUGCAGUCCGGAUGCGGCCAACAGUCCAAUGGCUAUCCCACCGCUAGCUGACAUGCCGGCAACUCUAGACAUCACCUACUCAUACACAGUCAUGUUUGUUGAGGACAAGACGACAAAGUGGUCUUCGCGCUGGGACUAUAUUCUCAACUCGAUGCCGCAUACGAACAUCCAGUGGUUCAGUAUCAUGAACUCGCUCGUCAUCGUGUUGUUCCUCUCCGGCAUGGUGGCAAUGAUCAUGCUGCGUACACUGCACAAGGACAUCAUACGCUACAACCAGAUGGACUCUGUCUAUGCCGACGAAGAUGGACAGCAGCAUCCCACGCGCGGGCGGCCGGAACACGUCGCCGUGCACGAGCUUCCAACCAAACUCCUCCUGCGCAUCCUCCUGUGGACCGGCACGCAGAUCGGUCUCAUGGUCCUCAUCACCCUCGUGUUUGCCUGCUUCGGCUUUCUCUUCCCGGGCAACCGUGGCGCCCUCAUGACCUGCGCGAUGGUGGUUUACGUGUUCCUGGGAUCUCCAGCCGGCUACACGGCGGCACGCAUUUACAAAAUGUUUCGGAGGCGAAAAUGGAAAAGCAACGUACUCCUGACGUGUUUCCUGUGCCCUGGGCUCAUGUUCGGAAUCUUCUUCUUACUCAACCUCGUGCUGUGGGUGUACGGAAGCUCUGCAGCAGUACCCUUCUCUACCCUGCUCGUGCUUCUACUCAUGUGGUUCGGAGUCUCCACGCCGCUGUCGUUUGUCGGAGCCUACUUUGGAUACAAGCGCAGGACCAUUGAGAACCCAGUAAGAACCAACCAGAUUCCACGUCAGAUCCCGGAACAGUCCUUCUACACGAAGCCGCUGCCAGGAAUCGUCAUGGGAGGCAUCCUCCCCUUCGGCUGCAUCUUCAUUCAGCUGUUCUUCAUACUGAACAGCAUCUGUGUGUUUGCGUGUGUGUUUCAGGACUACCACUGGUGGUGGCGAUCCUUCCUGACGAGUGGCUUCACGGCUGUCUACCUGUUCGUCUACAGCAUCCACUACUACUGCACAAAGAUGAACGUCGAGGGCAUCGUUAACGCCUUCCUCUACUUCGGCUAUACACUCAUCAUGGUGUGGCUCUUCUUCCUCUUUACAGGAACAAUUGGAUUCUUCUCCUGCUUCUGGUUCGUUCGGAAAAUAUACAGCAUCGUCAAGGUCGACUAGAGGGCGUCAGUGUGCGUGCAAGGUGAUGAGAUAGAGGGCAGAGCAACAAAGCGGUUACUGUCUGCACUCUGUUCACAGUCUGAGUAUUUUCGCUGCAUGUAUAGGCAAUGCCCGGCAGCAAGUCUUGACGAACUACCGACCGUGGGUUCCGCAGGAGAGAGGCAAAAACAACACACGCGUUUUUAACACCAUACGUACUACACGUUUACUUUAAAGUAGCGAACGAAAUGCUGUCUGCGUGUGUGGGUAGCAGUAGAAAACGUGUGCGGUCAGGUUUUUGACAAACUAUAGUUUGUUGUGUGUGAUAUAAGAAUUCGUUCAGCUAAGGUAUAUAUAUAUAUUUUUUUGAGUAUGUUCGCCCGGGCUUGCUCUAGCAUGGCCUGUAUAUGACCCCGUUUGUUCAGGUAAACGUAAUGCGGUGCAUAUUUUAACAGCUUGUGGGGUUAAACUUUCCAGUCUUGUUUCUCAACUUUGGUUCUAAAUUCAGUAUGAACUUUUAACAGGGUGUAUGCCAUAAGCUUUAGUCAGAGAAAUGGUUCUGCGAAAAGAAAUGUAGUGAAUUCGACAUUUCCUCGUCGUUUCCCGUUUGUCACCGACCAGCCGUCUAUUAUAGGUGUAUAUGAUAACAGCGGUGCACUUCUUAUGGGCAAAUGUGUUUGCGACGUUUGCAUACUCGGUCAGAUGUGUCGUUGGCGUGGCACUUGUUCGAAAACGGUGUCUAAGGGAACAUUCCAAAUAGCUCUCCCCAAGCCAUUUAAUAUCUGGUGCAGACACAACGACAAACACAUUUGCAGAGGAACGUGCUGUAGCUUAUCAGGGCGACAAAAUCAGAUGGUCGUUGCGAUAGCGUGCAGGGGUUAGAUAAUUAAGAUUGUGUGUGUGCAUGUCCGUGUAGGUUCAGUUACAGAUCCGUUAUCAGUUAGAGAUCUGAUUGGAUCUCAUCUGUUCUGUGAUCUGAUUCGGGAAAGGGUGUGUGUGGCUGCGUGAGAGUUUUACAAAUUCUGUGGCGAAAUUUGUCAUGUGUUGUGUGCAUUAGUUAGUGUUAAGCUCAGCACACACGAGAUGUAUGCUAAUGUUAAAACCUUUAAAUACUAGCGUACUACACGAGUAUGUGUGUGUGCGUGGCAGCCUACUGCUAUGACGACUACUGCAGGAUUACGCAUGACUGCGUAUGUCUUCAUCAAUGGUCCCCAGUAUGCGUGUCAGUGUGUUCCAUCCAGAUCAUUUCUGUUACCAGGCAACCCUUAUUACAACAGUUACCUUAAACAAUAUAUAACCAUCGGUGUAUAGCUCGCACUAAGUACGAGCUCGGUGAGUUUGCUUAAGCUGGGUUUACACUAUCGAUUUUUGUCAGCAAAUCGUACCGAUUUCAAGUGCAACACAAUCACCGUCCAACACAAUGGGCUGAAAUUCGAUUGUGUUGGUGUCGGAGUCGGAGACAAGUCGACGAGUUGGCGAAAUAGAACGUGUUCUAUUUUGCUCGAU